CUUUACAGCUAUGCAUGUAGACCUGAUCAUUUUUUAAGCUUGGCCUUGUGUGCAAGCUAAUCAUGGACACAACAGAGGAUGAGAAUGUGGCCAUGCUCCUAAGCAUGGGCUUCCCCUCUGUGGAACAAGUGAGACGGGCUCUACAGAUGAGUAAAAAUGAUAUUAAUGAAGCUGUAAAUUUGCUCACGAGUGAGGGAUCUCUCACUUCUUAUUCCACAUUUGAUGACCUUACUGGCAUGGAUGUCUCCGUGCAGACAACUUCUCCUUAUCAGGAGAAGGAGGAAGAAGAGGAAGAUGAUGCUUUCCCCAUGGGUUAUCUUUACAAACUAGAAAGCACAGUGUUCACUGAACAGUGGUCAAUUCCUUAUAGGAGAAAUGAACCUCUGGGGAAGUGCCUUAUUGCAGCUGCCCGUCUAGUCAGAAAUGGUCAGUACGAAGCAGACGAGCACUGUCAGCGCUUUGUGCAAAGAUGUCUUCCAGAAGUGUUCAGGAAGCUUCUUACAGCUUCUGCUGUGAGGAAUUGGAAUGCCUCCAUUCAACAGGGGGUGUAUGACAUGCUGGUUCUCUACUUGGAACUCAUUGUCUCUUUGCUUCGAGCUGGAGCUGUACCCUGUUCUCUGAUGAAUGCUGUUCUACCCUUGGCCUUUGACAUGGAUGUAGAGUAUCACCAAAAAAAUAAGAACCAGGACUGGGAUGAAACUGGUUGGGAGACUCAACUUUCUAUCGAACUAUUUGCCAAACCUUUGUCAAGUGGUCCUUUUCAGGAACCUUAUGGGAAGUUGGUAGACUUGAUCAACUGCUUUGGUGCAUUGGGUGGCUUCCAAUUGCUUGGAGAAAUGUUCCAGCAGUCAGAUGACCUUACUUGUGAAGACAUGGGUGCCUUGCUUGGUCCACUUGGGAUUUGUGCUCCAUUUCUGGUCCUAUCCACCAUCAAACCAAUCCUGUCUCCUUGCCUCAAAGUUGCUCUGGAGCGGCUUCACAGUCUUCCUGCCAAGGAAUUGAAAGAAAAGAAUGGAGGACAUGCAUUGCAACUGGUGAACUCCUUGAAGCAGUUGGUCAACAUUCUUGAACCUGAGCAGGAGGAAGCUGUCAAUACCCUUCGAUUAGAGAUCAUCCUCAGAAUGCUCCGUACUCCCAACUUCUCUAGCAGGAUCAUUGCUCUCAAGGAGCUUUUGAGAGUAAUGGAAGAAAGUGAAGUCACUGGGCCUGCUGUCCGUGUCAGUCAGCCUAUCGACCGUGCAAGUCUUCUUUUGUGGAUGGAGGAGAAUCAGAUUCUUCAUCUUGUAUUGGAAGGCAAUACAGACCAGGUGCAGUACAUGGAAAAGGUAAAGAAUGUGGUGGAGUACAUGGGCCCUGACUUGAGGGAGGAUGAACUGCAACGGAUGUGGAAAUUGCAAGAUGCAGGGAAUUCGCACACUGUGGAGAACUUGCAUGCCGUCCUAGCUGGGGCUGUCAGCCGUUUGUCCCCAAAGCAUAUUCAGUGUCUCACAUCCCUCAUACAUAAAAGUUGGACAACGGGUGAAGAUCGUGCCAGGGAGAGACUCAUCACUCUGAUCGGUCGAAUGGGGAGGGAGGUGAAAGAAAGUCAGCCGAUGGAGGAAUUCCUUCAACUCCUUUGGAGUCUGGCCUUGGAUCAGCUACUCCCUCCAUCCCUGGUGGAUCUUGCCCUUCAGGAACAUCAAGCCAUUGUCCAAGAGGCCUCGAAUCGAGAACAGCUAUCAAAAACAUAUGUGGCAAAGAGUGUGGAUGAAAUCCAAGAUGGUAAGCAUGUCGUUCCUGCACUGAAGCAUCUGGGCCAUAUGGCACAUUGUAUUGUCCAUGGUAAUUCUUCUUACUUCAAACCAAACAAGUCUGCUUUAUCUGAGCUGAGCCAAACACACGGACUCAUUCGACUUAUCACCGACAGUGUGAAGACUGUGGCAGGCCUAAAAGACUCUCAAGAACCAAAGUACUCAAUUCAGGAGGUGAGUGCUCUAUAG